AUGGCGAAUACUUCUCUCUCUGAGGGUUCGGUGUACGGUUGCGGGCGACCAGGAAUGUGUCAAGCAGAAUCAGCUAUAACACCCCCUGACCGCCGGCAUGGCUCACCGACAAGCUGGUCAAUCCCCGCGGGCGUAUAUACGGCUCGUGAGCUGGUCCGACGCUUCGCGCCCUUGCUAGAUACCGUCGUGCAUCAUCUGGGCGCUGAUCCACCACAUGCAAAGCCCGCCCGCAUGGUCCUGCUAGACAACGUCGCCGCCAACCUAUCCACGGACAUGCGGGAGUCUUCACUACCCUUGUACGAUCUCUCAGACAUCAGCCGCCGCGAAAUCAGAGACCAAGCCCGCCGGAUAGGCCAGGUCCUAGUUCAGUGGGCACGCGAAUACACCAACGAACCAUAUGACCCAGACCUAUACCUGCGCGGUCCCGGCGAUGGCCAUCUCCUCCUCCAGUCCAGUCUGGCGUUGAUGUAUACCCGUUGCACACGGCCCCAUCAUAUGCAACUCCUCCAUGAAUAUAUGCGCCAAAUGGUAGUUCUGCGCGACGCGCUACUCCCCUUCCAGAACUUUUACGCAGUCCCGAUCCCAGUAGACGGCCGGGCACGCGGCAUUCGCCACCUCGAAGCACCCCGGGAAAGGUUUCUCAACACCGUGUUCGCCGGACACAUCACGCAGGCCUCUGUCGUGACCUUGGCUCGGGCAGUACUCGCCCCAGACCUCCCCGUCACAAUGACCGGCGGGUAUGGGUUCCAGUAUAAGCACGGCCUGAUCCUCCCUGCCAUACUCGCGGGCGGGGUGGUCCCAUACCAUCUGUUGCGAUAUGUGCCCUCUAAAAUGGAUUCCUCGGCAAUGGAGGUUCUCUUCGACUAUCACUUCCCAGAUUAUUAUGAAGCACCGCGCAAAGACACUCCUGCAGGCCCGCCGACGAUAUUAACCCGCUACCCCAUCGACCUUCCAAGUCAAAAGGAGGAGCUACAGACAUCCGGCAUAGGGCUUCAAGCAGGGUCCUCGACGUCGGCUGUCCGGGGCCUCGAGCUGCGUUUGGAGUUCAAGAACGGCAACACAGCACGGGUAGACGUCGGGCAGAUCGCCCGCGGACUGCGACACUCGUACGAGGCACUCGAAGAAACACGCGAUAGUACAACAAACCAUACCGUUUUCCUGCACUCGGCAUCCGAGAUCCUCAUUCAGCCCGGAUGGGGACUGAGCACAGCCGAGCAGGCUGGAUUCCAUGUCAUACCGGUCGACGACCCGACAAUUGCCCUGGCUCUGUUGGGGAAGUUGUACCCUCGAAACGUGAUCCUGCUGCCGAACGACGAGCAACUAGGACAAACAGAUGAUGUCGGGGAGGACUCCGAGGCGAAGUUUGUCAUUUGGGGAGGGUUCAAGAGGGGAGGACUCAAGGGUGUGUUUUAG